CUCUCAUCUCCCCCGCCUAGAGAGACUCUGGGAACUAGGUUGAUUCGAGUUAUGUUAUAGGUCGCGAUUUAGUUCAGCUGAAACUGUUAAUCGAUCAUUUCUCAAGGAAAUUUAAACAUUUUGUUCUGUAAUGAAUAACAGACCACUUGGUUGUUCAGGUUUUUAUUUAAGUUCAUUGUCACACAGAUUUACUUUAGAGCUGUUUAACCUCGGCAUAAAAAAAGUCAUUGGAGCUAUUAUUGGUUUGGUUACUUGAAUUUUGUAGCUGAUUGAAACAUUUGUCUGCAUUUUUGUCGAUAAAAUCGAUAAUCAGUUGAAAACCUUGUGAUUAUCGACUUUUAUCGACAAAUGUAACUGGUCGAUUGACAAUUAUCGACAAAUAUCGAGUACUAUCGACUUAUCGACUACGUUUUCGAUGAUCGACUUUGAUUUGUAUGUAUGUACGUCCUGUAUUCUUCGUACUUGUACUGAGCUAUUCCUACAGAGGAAAGCGGUUUUUAAAGCUGAAAACCAAUCUUACCUUACCACAUGACUUCCUUCGCCUUGUGCCAAAUUUCCUGAUUCUGAUACAGUCAUCUCGGCUGAAUGAGAUGACGAGCUUUCCUGAAGUUGAGCCAUAAGUUGCCUUAAAUUCUACAUAUCUGAAAGGAUCUGAAAGUUAUUUUCUCGAAUGUGGCGCCCCAAUCUCGUUCCCAGAGCCCACGUUACCCCUAUCCAGGCUAAGCAGAAUCUGGGAACUAGAUUGCGAUCGCCCGCAAAACUUACUAUAAAUGUCAGCGGUUGAGUAUGAAGUAUGCGCAUCCAGUAUGCGCAUUCAAUGAUCCUUAUUAAGCUCCUCCCAUACCUUUCACUGCAAGAUGGCGAGUUCUCAUAUAUGUUCCUGCGUUGGUAACUUACGCCCUCGUUACAGACGCCUAGUAGAUAAUAUCUAUCCUGCUGAUUCGCGCCAAGGUUUGGUUAAGGCAAAUAUGGACAAACUGAUAUUUUACGCUCUUUCAUCGCCGGAGAAGCUGGACAGAAUCGGCGCUUAUCUGGCCAAGAAGUUAAACAGAGAUGUGGAACGCAGAAGGUUUGGGUUCGUUUUUAUUACCGUGGAAGCUCUUGAUCAGCUUUUGUUAGCAUGUCAUGCUCCUAACUUAAACUUGUUUGUCGAGAGCUUUCUUAAAAUGGUACAGAAACUGCUUGAAAGCUCAGAGGCUGACUUGCAGGUUCUCGGUAGUACAUCCUUUGUGAAGUUUGCCAAUAUUGAAGAAGACACCCCCUCUUACCAUCGACGGUACGAUUUUUUCGUCUCUAAAUUCAGUGCAAUGUGUUGGUGUAGCACUGGGAAUGAGAAAGAUUGCUUCAGGAUUCGUUUAGCUGGUCUAAAAGGACUACAGGGUGUUGUGAGAAAAACUGUAUCUGAUGACCUUCAAGCCAACAUCAUGGACGACACACAUAUGAGUAAGAUUAUACCGUCCUUGUUGUUUGUCAUGGAAGAGAGCUGUAUGGCUAAACUUCCCAGUGAUCAAGAUCUGCAGAGUUCCAACACUGAGGAAGAUCCAGCUUCUCUGGCAGAAUCAUGCCUCCGAGAAUUAAUCAACCGAGCUAGUUACGGAAACAUAAAAUCAAUAAUUAACCCAGCACUCACUCACUUUGAUAAGAGUGAGCUUUGGGUACCCAAUGAGUUUGCACUGAAGAUAUUCAAUAUUGUUUUGUACUCAGUGCAGAGUCAAUUUAAUUACAUGGUCAUUGAGAAGCUCCUGUCCCAUUUGGAUGAUCACAUCAAAGACAAAGCCAAUGUCAAAGCCAGUAUUGUACAAGUUUUGGCUGCUUGUGUCAAAAUUGCAAGUAACAGUUCCAUUGGUCCAGCAGUGUUAGAAGUUUUCAACACCCUUCUUCGUCAUCUUCGAACAUCUGUAGAUGCCAGAUUUCAGAGUGGAAGAGUGAGUGAUUCUGAUGAUGAUGGUAAUGAUGAGAAAGAAUUUGAGGAGUCUCUGGUCAGUACAGUUGGAGCCUUUGCUGCAGUGCUUCCCGACUUUCAGAAAACUGACAUCAUGAUGUUCAUAAUGGGAAAAUUUCCAUUGCCAAAUGACCAAAUUCAAAACCAUCACCACUCUAGUCAAGAAAAUCAAGAUCACACCAGGGUGUCAGAAGGAGACAGAGUUCUCCAAAAGAUGUUCCUUCGCUGUCUUUUGAGUGUUGCUCAAAGCUUUGACUCCAUCUCCUUUUCCACUACCUUUUCUCCAACAUUUCUUGAAUCCUUGCUUCAAGCCACCAUUGUUGAAGAUUCAGUUGUAAGAAGACUUGCCCAAGAGGUUCUUUACACUCUGCUUGAUCGUCAUGGUAACAUUAAUAAGCUUGGUGAAAAUGGAGUCUUAAAGAGAGGUCAAGAGAUUAAGUUGACAACUGAAGACCGUUCUAAACAGGACCUUGUUUUUUUAAAAAAGAACAAGGAUGAAAUCCUCUGGUAUUUGUAUGAAAGUGCUUGUAUGCCUUCAAAUACUGUGGAAAACAUUCUUGCCAUUUAUUUAACUUUGGCUGUAAUCACUGUAGAGGUUGCCUCUGAUUUUGAACUUAUUUCAAACAUAGUGCAUUUGGCAUUUGGACUGCAAAGUGUUGCUCUGGAUGAUAACUUGAUGUUACCAAGCAUGAAUCGUUGUGCUCUUCAUGCUCUUGUUGCAGGAUAUCUCAACGUUGUCGCUCACCUUACAGGAACUGAGGACCUCAAAGAGUAUGUUUUGCUAAUAAUCCAACUGAGAGAAAAAGAAGCUGACUUUUUGACACCACAAAGAGCUUUACUAUCUACUGCUUAUAGCUUUGUUCUGUCAGCUCACAGCAUUCCUAAACAUCUUGUUUUUGAAAUUUCAAAUGUUAGAGAAGCUCUUCCUGAUGUGGGGUGUGAUAGCAGAUCACUUAAAACACCAUACAAACAUCAGCCACUGAAAGAAGUUUUGAAUCAGCGACUAGAAAGUGAAUCUGUGGUGUCUAACAUGAACAAUGAAAUUGAUGCAAAUCCCCCAAAUUCACCUGGAAUACAUCCAUCGGCACCAAAGGAGAGGAUAACAUUCCAAAUACUGAAGGAUAUCAUUUCAGAAAAGCCUUUGAAAACCAUUCACCAAAGUGGAAAAGAUGCCAGACAAUUUGCAGCUAGUUUUACUGAAAUUGCAGAUGAUGCAAGUGCCAGGACACACGAAUUCACUUCAAAGGUGCUAACUGUACUAGAUGCACUUAACACUCCACUACAAUCCAGAGCCCUGAGUAUUUCAACUCAGAGUUUGUCUUCAAAUCCUGGGGAGGAAAGCUAUGUUAUGAAAUUUCCAAGACAGUAUGUUUACUAGCUCAAUCCAAAAUCAAUUGAAAGUUGAACCCAUGAUUUCAAACUCUCAGGAGAAAGACAAAUGUUCAAAUUAAUAGUAAGGGGGUGGUCAAAAUAACCAAGUCAUAUAAAAAUAGGUCCGCAAUGCGCACGCGUCUCUCAUACAUUUACUCCCAACUGAAGCCAUUGUCAGAGAUGGAGACUAAAAUGAAUAGAGAAGUGGGAAAAAAAAAUGCGCCCUCCUGAUGAUUUGCUCUUCUAUAAAAAUAGGUCCACUCUGUGAACUUGUUUGGGCUUACAUGUACAUUUACUUUUAUUCCAUUUGGUUAGAGAGUUAGGCCCGUCCCAAACGCUGCUCAAUUAUGCGCCGAACCUAACCGAUGAGUUAAGUAUGGCAGAAGAGCGGCGUUUGAAUCAGUUUGGUUCAGCAGGUUAGGUUUGGUGCGGCAAACAACAUUAAAUUCGGCAG